UUUAAAGUGAAUACAGAUCAACGAUAAUGAAAUGCACACUCCGAGUCUGGCAGCCAAUUGAUUGAGUUAGUUCCCGAUCAAUUGCAGUGCGUACUUUCAACGACGUAAACGAAGGCCGUGGGAUUGCCUAACAAACAUUUUUGUUUUCUUAUCAGCUUUCCCCUCAGCGUUGCCAAUGCGAGUAACGUCAUUUCUGCAAAACUCUCCUUCUCUCUCUCUCUCUCUCAGGCACUGACUCUCUCCGACCGACAAACGCGUUAAAGAGUGUAGAUUACACCCUAAAUUUUCAAACUCCUUGCUCUCUCUUCCCUCUCUCCCGGUUUCUCUGCUUCUCCGAUCCAGAUAGCGUGCUGUAACAAAACCCUAGCUUAUUAAGUUUCAUAGAAAUUGUCUCAUUCGAUCCCAUUCGGAACUCUCCGAUGUCAAGAAUUUGAUAAUCGUUGUCGAUAUUCAAGUUUUUUUUAUUAUUAUGUUUUACGAGUGGGCUGCGAGAUUCGAGUUUUGAUGAAUAAAAGUUAGUGAUUCUUUGGACCUAUCUUUCAUUUUCAGCAUCAAUUUUGGUGACAAUGAUCGUGCUUUAUUUUGGCAAUUUUACGAAGAUAGUUUAAGGAUAUUGAUUCGAUAUUUUCUGGCUGGUUUUAUUGUCGAUUGCGCUGGAUCAGAGGAUGAACUUAGCUUGACAUCAGCUGGUAUUUGGCUUUUUUUUCCCCCUUGAUUCGUGCCGUUUAUGAUUGAAUGCGUUUUAAAGGGUUGUAGCUGAGCAAUAAUUGAAGGAUUGCUUACCCUAAAACAGCCAAAUUUUAUCAGUUUGCUACGCGGGAUUAGAAUGAGUAACAGUGUUGUGCAGGGAUAAUUUUUGAAGGCGGUGAUAGGUGUGCUCGGUUUUAUUUGGAUGUUGUCAGGAUAUAUGGGUAUUGUUUAGCGGAUGCUGGAUUUUGUAUUUGAGUUAACGUGUGGUGACAAGUGGGUUCUGAAGUCAAAGGAACCAUACCGAUCAUAUUGUGUUUGGUUGUUAAAAUUAAUUUAGCAAAAUGAGUUUAGAAAAUGAAGAGCAACAUGGACUGAAUCAGCACGCUGAAGCAAGACGCGAAUCAGAAAAGAAGUUAAUUUCUUAUACAAGAGAUUUUCUACUAUCGUUGCGUGAAUUGGAUGUUUGCAAAAAUUUACCUAGUGGAUUCCACAAAUCGAUUCUUAGUGAGUUUGAGGAUACUCCACAGGAUAGAUUCAGAAUUUCUGGCAGCUUAUCAUUGCAAAAUUACAGACGCAAUGAACAUGGUUCAUCGCCUCCCACUAGAGGGGAUAUGAGCAAUUAUUCCAGGGGAAUUCAUGGAAGGUGGGAUAGUCAUUCCUCUGGAAGGAGUGAUCAUGACAGUGACUCACAAUCUGAUUGGGAUUCAGAUUCUGGAAAGCGUUAUGGCAAUCAAUCUCAGCGAUCCUGGCAAGUUCCUGAACAUGAUGGACUCCUUGGAAGUGGUUCUUUCCCAAGACCAUCUGGAUAUGCUGCAGGGUCAUCGGCUCCAAAGUUUCGAGCUAAUGAUCACUACCAGCUCAAUAGGAGUAAUGAGCCAUAUCACCCACCUCGUCCUUAUAAGGCAGUACCUCACUCACGUAGGGACACUCAUGACUCUUACAAUGAUGAAACUUUUGGUUCUUCUGAGUGCACAAGCGAGGAUAGAGCAGAAGAGGAAAGAAAGAGAAGAGCUUCCUUUGAACUGAUGAGGAAGGAACAACAUAAAGCUUUUCAAGAAAAGCAGAAGUUGAAUCCAGAGAAGGGUAAGGAUGACUUCGAUAUUAGUGAGUUGAUGAAGGAUCCAAAAGAUGAUAAGAGACUUGUGAUUAGAAAAAAUGAAUCAGAUGAAGCGGUGACACAGCCUUCUUCAAUUACUGAUUCUGAUAAGUCUUCCUUUCCCUCACCAGCUCCUGUAUCUAGACCUCUUGUGCCUCCAGGGUUUUCAAGCACUAUAGUGGAGAAGAAUAUUGGAAUAAAAUCUUUGAUUCACCCUCAACCAUCAGAGAUUGGCAAUGAACACGAGAGUAGCCAUUUGCAUACCAAAGGAAACCAUUCACUUAGUGGGACAUCUAAUAAUCUAGAGGAGAAACAAUUUCUAGAACAGAUGGAUUCAAGAGAGCAGCAGCAUAGCGGUCCAAUUAUUCAUGUUGCAGUCAACCAAAGUGAAAAGAUUCUGAAUUUGUCAUCAGCGUUGGUUGUUUCAAGUGAAGCAGUCAGCAUGGAUAGUCAAUAUUACAAGACUUCUAAACUUUUGGCAGCUUUUGAGACUUCAGAGAACAGUGAAGUAAUAGAGCUUGAUGCUAAGGAUGUCACGGGGAGUAAAGUUGUGGGUGAAUCCAGUCCAAACCAUUCAACCUCGAUCCUUGACAAGCUCUUUGGCAGUGCACUGACACUAAAUGGUGUUGGUUCGUCUGGUUUCAUUGAGCAUCAGGAUGUUAAAGCAGGUGACACACGGAGCCCUUGCACGGCCCAGUCUUCCAAGUUUGCUCAAUGGUUUCUUGAAGAAGAGAAGAAACCAAUUGAUAAUAUCUCAUCUGGCAGGCCCAAUGAUUUGCUAUCAUUAAUUGUUGGUGGUGAAAAAAGUGGAUCCCAGACUUUUGAUGUUAAGGCUAUUGAGAAUAUUCCACCAAGUCUUCCUCUCCAAAGUCCUGGACUUGCAGAUGAGCACAUGACAUCCAAUUCAAUGCCUGUUGAAAAGAUUGAUAAGCUAGACACAGUUCCAGCUGUACUUACGUGUGAAGACCUUGAACAGUCAAUUCUGUCAGAAAUUACUGAAAAUGGCUCAAUGCUGCAGCCUCCUUUGCUGGGCUGGAGUGGUUCUGGACCAAAGACUGAACAUCAGAAAGCCGAUAUUGAUGAUCAUGCAUCACAGCACCUUCUUUCGUUGUUGCAGAAGGGUGCUGGUCUGUCAACUGAUUUUGAAAUCAUAUGUUCAGACGCGCAACAAAAUAUGGAAUCUGAGAAUCUUGGCGCUGUGCUCUCUAAUUCCAGAGAGAUACACACCGAGAACAUUCACAAUGCAGGCAAGCCUUUGACUCUUGAAAUGCUUUUUGGAACCGCUUUCAUGAAGGAAUUGCAGCCAGUAGGAACACCAAUUUCUGGCCCGAGGGGCUCAAUUGGAUCAAUGAGAGUUAAUCUUUCAGAGUCUCCUUUUCCUGUGAUGGAUGAUGAUCUCCUUGCUUCUACAGAUGAUACAACAUCUAGCAUAUCGACUCAUGGCACUGGCAUUCUAGCAUCAAAGCAGAGACAACAAAUUAAAUCAGAAAGUAAUGAAGAGAAAUUUUCAGGGUUUGAUUGUCAAAAGGAAGUGGAUUCAUCACAACACCGGACUGAAUUGGGAUCCAAGGUUGGUGGCUUUGAUGGGUCUGUUGAAAUUCGACUUCCUGAAGAAGAUAGCUUGAUUACAGUUAGUGAUCCUCUCAAUCUCCAGAACUUCAUGCCUGCCAGGAACUCAUCUAAAGCUGAGUUAUUAUCCACGUCAGAGACUGCGGUUGACAUUGCUGAAAAACUAGCAGCUUUAAAUUCUGUAUACCGGGAUGAAAGGCCUUUUAUAGGAGGCCAAGAUGGUGGAGCCUUUUUUCAUGGUCCUUAUGAUACGAGGGAACAUGAUGUUCAGUAUCCUAAGAUUCAUGCCCAGCCAUCUUCUCCACAGCUUCAUCACCCUCAGUUGAAUCAUGCAGGGCCAAUGUUCCCUUCAUUAGAUUCUCAUGCUACCAAUAUUAAUGCUCAGAUGAAAUUCAUGGCCCUAGAGAACAUUCAUCAAGAUCCUCCUAAUCAUCAAUUUUCUGCAAAUUUACUACGUCCUCCAUUCCACCACCCCAGUACUGCACUGAAUGGAUUAGGUCCUAACCCACAUAAUCCUAUGUUGCAGCAAAUGCAUAUGCCUGGCAAUUUUCCUCCACGCCACCUUCUACGUGGAUUUGCCAGGGGUGCACCUUUGCAUCCACAUCCCAACAAUCACGCCUCCGGUAUUAUACAGGAGCCAAACCCAAUGCAAGGUUUCCCUUUUGGUCAAAGGCAAACCAACUUUGGUGGCAUUGGAAUACCAACACAAGCUCCUGACGUUGGUGGUGGAACAUAUCAUCCGGAGGCUCUACAAAGGCUCAUCGAGAUGGAACUCAGGUCAAAAUCUAAGCCCGUUCAUCCUUUUGCAAUGGCUGGCCAUAGUCAGGGGAUAUAUGGUCAUGAACUAGACAUGGGAUUUGGACAUAGUAAAUUUUAGUUACAGCUGUGGAUAUGAUGAUGUAUUUGUGAUCACAUGCGCAGGGCUACCCUGCAAAGGCAGUGGGUUUAUUGUGCUGCUUCAGGAGGUUCAUGUAGUUAAAUGGUAUUUUAAUUGAAAUUAGCAUUCGGUUGGUCUUC